AUGUCCGCCAUGACGCUCCCUCAACAACAACCCCUCGACUGCGCUUACAACCGCGACGACGUCGUCGCCGGUCUCACCCAGUACUACCUCACCCUCACGAGCACGGCCUAUGUCCCGGCAUCCUACGUCGACUUCCCGCCCCCCGGCGGCUGGACCGACGCCGACCUCGACGUUGGCGCCCUGCGCGCCCUGCGACGCUCCGAGACCGUCAUCGAUCUCCUGCGCCAUCUGCCCUACCCCCGGCCCAUGCACGACGGCCCCCGGCCCGGUCCCUGGAACGUCGCGCCGGGAUCGAAACCCGUGCGCUACCUCCGCCACCUGGGCACCUUCAGCCGCUGGUCCGACCGGGGCGACGCGGGGCUCCUCGAGCUGGCCGCCCUCCCCAUGGCCGACACGCCCGCCGCGCCCAUGGACCUGCCGCCGGACGUCGUCUGCCUCACCUUUGGCGACCGCAUCUCGUCCGCGAAGAACAGCACGGCCGCCACCAAGCCGGACGCCCGGCCGUACUGGUGGAUCGUGGACUGCGGCCGGGGCGUCUUGACGCCCUACCAGGAGCGCCGCUACGGCGUCGCGAGGGUCCCGCGCAACAAGCCCUGGCGGACCUCCCAGUCCUACUCCGUCCUGGACUUCUUCUCCAAGCUCGUGCCGGAACUGGGCCGGAGCCACGUCCCGCUGCCUCCCACCGAGGACCUGGACGCCGAGAUCCUGGGCCCCUCCUUCUCCUCGUCCUCGGCCGAGAGUGAGCCGGCGCAGAUCUACGCGGCCCACGGGUGGCCCGACGCCGCGGCCUUCCGACACGCCGAGUGCAUCGCCGCGCUGCAGGGCUGGCGGCGCCGGGCGCAGGAGGCGGAGCGGUUGAAGAUCGCGCAGGACGUGGACGACGCCGACGACGAGGACUACGAGAUGGACGGCGGCGACAGCGACGACGACGACAUGGACCAGGGCGAGGCCGGCGAGGCGCUCGCCGAGGCCGUGGCCGAUAUGGAGGUCGACGACCUCAGCGCCGAGGCGGCCGCGCUGAGGGCCGAUCUGAGCCCGGAGGAGCGUGCGAGGUUCGACCGGAGAGGGGACGAGCUGCCGUUUGAGUGGGUCGACUCUGAGUGA